AUGGCUUCCGAAUCUCUCUCCUUCGUAACUCUCACUCCAAAAGCAGAACCAAUUCUUCUGCUCUUCAAUGGCUUUCGCCGCCUUAAACGUUCAACAAAACGUCCCCAUUUGUCAAUACUUAGUGCCGUUUUCUCUCUCAUCUUCGAUCUCAAUCUCAGCUUCAAAUCAAACAAUUGGAAGGUAUUGUACAAUGCUGUAUUGGAAAAUGCAUGUAGUGAGCAAGGUGCUAGGAUGUCUGCCAUGGACAGCUCAAGCAAGAAUGCUGGAGAAGUGCUUGAUCGUCUCACACUUAUAACAGGUUCAAUUUCUCUCAUUGCAUAA